GGAGGAGGAGGUGGAUGCUGGGCUGACGAACCGAACGGAACGGAUUAUUUAACGCGCCGCAAAAAUGGCAACGCUUGCAAACAAAAGCCAAAAAACGCUACGAAAGUUACAUUAUUAGGAUUAACCCGCACCUGGAGUUGAAAUAGUUAAAGUUUAAAGUGUGUGUUUAUUGGCGAUACAAAAACGACGGGUUAAGUUAAGUUAAUUUCGACUGUCUAUAUAUAGAUCCUCUGUAUAGGCAAGCACAAUAUUGCAAAUAGGUUAAAUAUCUAAAUAUCUCGAAAUGGGAAAUCAGCCGGGAAAGCUGCACACGCAUCCGCAGGGCAAUCGACCGAAGAAGAAUGUCCACUGGAAGUCGGCAGAGCGACCUUCACCACCCGGUCGUCCCAUUCUGACGCCAGUGGCGCUGCCGGAACAGCAACCGGAUGUGGUGAACCUGCGCUGGGAUCGUCCUUUGCAUGAUGGUGGUUCCCCCAUCACUGGCUAUACGGUGGAGCACCGGCGUAUGGGAUCGCCCCAUUGGGUGAGAGCCACGCCCACUCCGAUCGAUCGCUGUGAUGUCUGCAUCAGUGGACUGGAACCCGGUUGGCGGUAUCAGUUUCGCUGCUUUGCCGAGAACAUUGUGGGUCGUUCGGAUGCCAGUGAGCUAUCCGAUCCCCUGACGGUGACUCUCCAGCGGAACGCCAUCACCGUGCCCCGCUUCAUCGAUGAACUGGUGGACACGGAUGCCGUGGAGGACGAGCGCAUCGAGUUUCGCGUUCGCAUCCUGGGCGAACCGCCGCCGGAGAUCAAUUGGUUCAAGGAUGGCUACGAGAUCUUCAGCAGUCGCCGCACGAAGAUCGUCAACGACAACGAGGCCAGUGUCCUGGUCAUUCACCAGGUUGCCCUGACCGACGAGGGUGAGAUCAAGUGCACGGCCACCAAUCGAGCGGGUCAUGUGAUCACCAAGGCCAGGUUGAUGGUCCAGGCUCCGCCCAAGAUUCGAUUGCCACGCACCUACGAGGAUGGGCUGAUUGUGGAGGCCGAUGAGGUGCUGCGCCUUAAAGUGGGCGUGGCUGGGCAACCACCGCCGGCCAUUACGUGGCUCCACGAGGGCGAGGUCAUCGCUCCAGGUGGACGCUUUGAGAUAACCAACACUGAGAAGAACUCGCUGCUCAAGAUCGACAAUGUGCUGCGCGAGGAUCGCGGCGAGUAUAUGGUGAAGGCGUGGAACAGACUGGGCGAGGAUAGCACCUCCUUCCUGGUCACCGUGACGGCCAGACCCGAUCCGCCGGGCACUCCCAAACUGAAUAUGUCCUUUGGCAAGUCGGCCACUCUCGCGUGGACGGCUCCUCUCGACGACGGCGGCUGCAAGAUAGGCAACUACAUAGUGGAAUACUUUCGAGUGGGCUGGAAUGUUUGGCUCAAGGCGGCCACCACGAGGGCACUGAGCACCACGCUGCACGAUCUGAUCGAGGGAUCGGAGUACAAGUUUCGGGUGAAGGCGGAGAAUCCCUAUGGGCUAAGUGAACCCUCGGGUGAGUCGGAGUUGCUCUUUAUACCAGAUCCCAAAAGGGGCAUUACCAAACCCAAGUCGGCUACAAAGAUUGCGGGCGAUGAGAAGGAUAAACCAAAGGGAGGAGGAGCAGCUGUUCAGGUGCCACCACGUCGGAAGACCCUAUCGCCUCCAAGACCCCAUGCAGAUGCCGCCACUGGGAUGUCGCCCAAACAGUCGCCCAGUGCCAAACGAAAACCCAAACCUCAAUUAAUAGACAACGAGCAACUGACCCACGAGAUGUCCUACGGAACUUCGGAUCAGGCCUUGAAGAUGGACGUGCGCAAGAGUCCCUCGGUGAGCAGUGCGGAUUUGAUUAAUAAGCUGGCCAGCGAUAGUCAAUCCUCCAAUCCGAAACUUAAUCUAACGCUGGUGACCACCACCUUGUCACCGGUGGAGAAGCCAAACGAACCAGCACCCAGGUCACCCAAGUCACCAACUGCUACCUCUCCUUUGAAGCUAUUCAAUCCCAAGCCAAAGGAUAAGUCACCUGUGCCACCACGUCCACAACCGCUGCCCACUCCUCCGAAGGAAAAACCAGAGAAGACGUCACCCAAUCGCAAGAGGAGCUUGAGUCCACCUAACAAAAGGCAACCGGCUCCUCUGCGCAAGAGUCCAACGCCACCGGAACCCAUCAAGAUUACACCAGCUCUACUGCGGAGUGCGGAACCCGUUCAGCUGGGAGUCAACCAGAAUGUGAGACGCUUCUCUGGCCAGACCCUAAGCCCGGCCAGAAAUGUGCCCACUUUGGCGCUGGCCGUGGCCUCCGGGGUGUCGGCUGUGAUUGGUGAAAAACUACCCACCAUUGAGAUUAGUGCUCCACCAACGCCGCAGGAGGAGGUACAGGAGCAGCAUCUUAUGCCUGAGCCAACUCCUUCACCGGAACCACCACAACCAGCUCCAAAGUCGCCAAGGCGCUUCUCCAGGUCGGCCGACAAACACGACGAGGUCCACACCAGCAAUGAGUUCAUGCUGGUGGUCUUCGAUAAGAACAGCAAGGUCAAGGAUAAGGACAAACAAGAUUCCUUUGAGCUGGACCUGGAGGACGCCAUCCAGCCACCGCCCAUUUCGAUUUCUGCCCCGGAUCUGGCCUUCCUGGAGUUCACCAAUCUGCAUACCACCUUUCCACUCCGUCGAUCCGUCAGCUCCACGGAACUUUUGUAUGAGAGGGCCAUGGCCAGGUUCUAUGAGGCAGUGGAACUGGAGCAGGCUUCCAAAUCCCGCAAGACAUCGCAGGAUAAACUGGCUGCCCCAGUGUCCCAUCAAACGCCAGCCAAUCUUCGCAAGCGUUUGGGUUCCAUUUCGGAGGCGGAACGGUUGUCCUUUGAGAGGAGGAGCGAAUUGCGUAGGCAGUCGGCGGAUAUGGUGUCCAUUUCGAGGAAGUGGGAUUCCAGGGAGAAUGUCAGUGACUUGACGAGGAUCCACACCACUGGACAGUUGCCCUUGGAACCGAAGAAAGAUCUUCGGGAGCAGGAGGAACAGGAGGAACCGGAGGAGUUGGAUGUGGAGGAGGAACAUUUGACUGAAAGUACGGCGGAUGAUAGCGAAGAUAUGGAUCUGGAUUUCGAUGAGGAUGUGGAUGUGGAGUAUCCGCCAAAGAAGCAACUGCAGCAGCAGUCCAGCAACGACCUGGGUUCGGAUUACACAGAGAGCACUGCCUCCUCGGAACAGGACUCCAUAGAGAAGUUCAAGAUGGAAUUGUUGGCCAGAACUCGAUCGCCCAGUCCUCGGGAUCUGGAGACCUAUCAUCCGCGCACCAUGGGCGCUGGAACCUUCACUCCAUAUAGAGCUCCCACUCCGGAACAGGCUGCCGUGGUGCUCAAUCGUCCAGUGCCACUGCCCAGUCCGGAUUUUGUGCCCAAACCCAUACUCAAAAGGUCCUCCAAUGAGCAUGUCGAGCAGUCUGUUAGUCCUUCGCCCAGAAAUACUGAAAGUGAAAUGGUGGUGACCACAAGUCCUCCAGUUUCUUCUUUACCCACUCUAACCACCAGUAAUCCGGGGAGUACCCUUAAAAUGGACCUGGCCAAGGGAAUCAAGUCGUUUUUCACCCGCGACAAGAGAUCCGCCACGGAGAAGAACACCGAGGCCAACGAGGAGAUAUCCAAUCCUCUGGAGAAGACCAAUGCAGCGGCCAUAGCGGCGGAUUUGGAGGCCAAGCGGCGGGUUAAAGAGGAGGAGGAGCUGCGUCGCCAGGAGGAGGAGCGUCUCAUGCAGGAGGAGGCUCAUGCGGCAGUGGAUCAUUACAGUGAUUUGGUAAGGGAAGUGGGCAGUUCCCAUAGAUACCAUACCCCGAUCUACCUGGAUCGGGAUGAACUGAAGCGAGCGGCGGCCAAGGCGGCGGCGGAAACGGAUGAGGAGGAUGUGCUCAGCCAUGCGGAGGAGCUGAAGAAGCGACUGGCCACCGGUGGCGGCGAUGAUAUGUUCCUGGCUCCUCCUGUCGUCAGGGAACGACGUCUCUCCAUCUCGGAAAGAGAACAACUCGUGCAUGUUCGUGAUGCAGCCAGUGAUCUGGCAUUCCACCAAUCUCCAGAGCAGGAAACCCAGAAAGAGGAGGAUGAGGAGCCGGAAUACCCCACUGUGCUGGUGGUGCCCCCACCCAAGUCGAAAAACAAGAGCGAAUCCGAGACUGAGAGCGUCAUGAGCGAGAUGGUGGAGGCUCGUCCGGAUGCGAGGGGCAGGACGAGAUUGGUGAAGGUGAAGAGGGUCAUCCGGAGGAGGGUUCCCUCCAGCACUAGGUCAAGAGAUGCCUCCCUGACCCGACCAGGUCCCCCUGAAAUAGAGAGCCCUCCACAGACCUCCCUAAUCCUCUCCGCCGCCGACAGGGAUCUGCUGCAGAAGGCCGCCGCUCUGGCCAUCCUCCAGUCGGAGGAGCAGGCCCACGAGAAGGUGCGCUCCGCCCUCAGCUACUGCACGGAUCUGGUGCUCUUCUUGGUCGCCUGCUAUGUGUACUUGUUCAAGGAUGCCCGCCUGGUGUUGCCCAUCCUGGGACUGAUCAUCUACCGCCAGCUGGGCGAGGCUGUGAGGGGCUAUGUGCCCGGCUGGCUGCGUCGCCGGAUCAUCGGGGAUGGUAGUUAG